AUGGACAGCUUCUUGGAGGACCUUGAGAACUUGGUCGAAUUCUUCCUCAUCGAAUUCCAGCGGAUUCUCUUCGUUGAAAAUCUCAGCUAUACUAUCUCCGCAUUCGUUACCGCCUUGGUUUCAUACUGGCUGGUAAUGUUCCUACCCCUGUGGGGCUUGGCUUUGAUUGCUACCUGCGUCGUCUACUUGGCCCCGCUGGUUUAUAUCACCAACAAGGAAUUUAUCGACAGCCAGCUUGGAAAUGCACAGGAAAUCGUGGCUAACCAAGCUUCCCAUGUAAAAGAGAUGGCUGAAACUCAAACCGCACAAGCCACCCACAUUGUCAGGCAGUAUGUCGGAGAGUAUCGAGCUAAGGCCAACGGCUACAUUGGAUCCACCAAUGGUGCCGUUUCAAACCUCACUGCACCUAAGGCUGAACCCGAGCCCACCCCUAAAGCUGCCCAGGAACCUUCCCAGAAACCAGCUCAGGCACCAGCUCAGAAGACCGUCGAGGAGAUCGUCGAGGAAAAUAUUCACCAAACUUCUGCUCCUGAAGCUGCUCUCGAAUCUCUCCCAGAUAUUCCAAAGACAGAGGAACUCCCUGAUCUGCAGCAAGUCGCCCACGCAAAUUUUCCUGAGGCCCCUACUGGCGAGCCUUCCGGUGAAGUAAAGGAAGCCGACAAGGUACCCGAAUUGGUCCAGAUCUCUUAA